UCCGGAGGUCGCUAUGAGAAACUCUCUUUUUCACUAAGUGUGAAGAGGAAGGAGAGGAGAGCUCUCACAGCGGUUACCACUCCGAUCCACUUUCUCCGGAGAUUGUCACGGGAUUUCAAUGUUCAGCCUGUUCUUUUGUUUCUGUGUAGAUUUGGGCCGCACAUUUAUGGCGUUUGUGAGUGGAGACUUUUGCCAGGCUCAGCACCUUGCCUUUGAGAACAAGUGAAUCAUCAGCCCCCUGCGGGACUACGCUACCCAGAAACCCCCCUGACGACUAGCACACUGGGCCUAGUGUCUCUCUCUCUCUCUCAUAUAUAUCCCCCCUGGGAUCACGCGUAGUCCUCUGCCUGAGUGCAAACGAGAACUCCCUUCCUCCCCUGAAGCUUUCUGUCUGUACAGUCAGUCAGAAACACCUCUCCUGAAUGGGGUAAUCUACAAUUGUCUCAUUGGAUGACUGAAGGCCGUCUCGCCAACAUGAAUCGCCCUGCCGCUGUUGAAAUUUCCUACGAGUGCAUGAAGUUCCUCAUCACGCAUAACCCUACCAACUCUACACUCAACAAGUUCACAGAGGAGCUGAAGAAAUUUAAGGUAAACACACUUGUGCGUGUGUGUGAGGCCACUUAUGACAAGGCGCCGGUAGAAAGGGAGGGCAUCCAAGUCCUGGACUGGCCUUUUGAUGAUGGAGCUCCACCCCCCACCCAGAUUGUUGAUGAUUGGUUAAACCUGUUGAAGACCAAGUUCCGAGAUGAACCAGGAUGCUGUAUUGCGGUCCACUGUGUGGCGGGCUUGGGCCGGGCACCAGUACUGGUUGCCUUGGCAUUGAUCGAGAGUGGGAUGAAGUACGAGGACGCAGUGCAGUUUAUACGACAGAAGAGACGUGGAGCCUUCAACUCCAAACAGCUUCUUUACCUCGAAAAAUACAGACCUAAGAUGCGUCUGCGGUUCAAGGAUGCCAACGGUCCCAACUGCUGCAUCCAGUAACAUGUCAAGUUGUACACAACUAGUGGGAAAUUCACUUAGGGGAGAAAGUACAAGUUGUGGGUAAUUAUUGUGAUGAUUUAUACUGAGUCAUGGCUAAUCGAUCACAGAUGUAAUGAAUGAAAGCUAAUCUGUGGAUUCACCAGCUGUAUGAAUGAAAGAGGUCAAAGCACACAGACGUGCCUGCCUUCUGGUCACCAGUGUACCAGUCACAGGCUACAAUAAACAGAAGCCCCUCCUGAUUUCCCAAUUGCACAGUCUUGGGUUAGCUCCUUAUUUUUCAUUAUUUUGAAAUUAAUUAUUUCAACUAUGGUGAAAAGAUUUACAAUUGUGAAAUACUGAUGUUUUUGAUUAUGAUAAAUAUUACUGUUAUAAUUGGAAAAGACAAUACACAUGACACAAAUCACAAGGCAGUGUUUUAUUAAAACAACAACUCAAGUUGUUCAGAGGAACCAGAACAUUCCUUUGAAAUGCAGUGCUGUCCCCACCCCCCCUUCCUUGAAGUCACUUUUAAUUUAGGGUCAGACUGGGUUUUAAAUGUCGACUGUAUUUAUUCACUAUAAUUAGUGUGUCUUGUCAGGAGGAUGGUUGGGGCCAGGACACUUUUUUUUUUUUUUUUUUUUUUUUUUUUUUUUUUUCCCCCUCCUUUUCUUAUGGAGCCAUGUUAUUUUCACUUUGUUUUCUGAAUCUCUGGGGAGUGCAAUAUUCAGUCCAGCUUAGAAAGCAGUCAUCUUUAGGACCGUCCUACAUAUACGCACGCAUGCACACACAGAAAGGAGAAUGCGUGGCUAGUUUUAGGUACUUUUCACUCAUCAUGUGUGCUCACUUCUUGCAAGUGGGUCUGUAAAAGCCUUUGCUGUUGGCCAGACUGCCAGUGCAUAUAUACACACAAACUUGUUCAGCUCAUAGGCACACUCAAGGAAGAGACAGGUGGGUGACUGAAAUUGUUUUGGUUUCCAACCACCCCACCCCCCCUUUUUUUCUGUUCUUAAUUUUUUUUUUUUUUUUUAAUCUUUGCCCACAUUUUGACAAUAUCCCAUCUUGGUUUUAAAAUGAAUAAAUACAUUUAAAUGAA